UUGACGCUCACCAAUGGCUCCUCGGCGGACGUCUUUUUUUUCUUUCUUUCUUUCUCUCUCUCCCUCCCCCCUUCGUCUUCCCAGUGUAGUGCGUUGAUUUCAUACCAAAGUCAUACUUAACAUUCCACUUAUACUGUCAAACCUCCGGAGAAAAUAUUAAGGCAAAACAAGGGCGCCGAAAUUUGGCCAAAAGUCGGCAUAUUGAGCAAGUUUGUGUGGCUGGAAGAGCGAAUUUCAACAAGCGGGUCCCCCAGAACAGCUGAGCAGAACCAUUUUGGAGCGAUUAUACGGCUUGAAUCUGGUUCAGAACUCUGCAUUUGCUGAGUACUCCUCCCGAUCCUUUCAUUUUGGGGCUCGGGGUCGGGCCCAGGGGGAGCCGCCACCAUUGCGUCCCACGAUUGGAGCGCCAACGGAAGCCCAGAAGAUGGGCUUGAUGGCGCGGACAAUGAGGACAAAGCCAUCGACGGCGACGCUGAGGGGGUUUGGAGCCCGGAUAUUGAGCAGAGUUUUCAGGAGGCCCUCGCCAUCUAUCCGCCGUGCGGCCGUAGGAAAAUCAUCCUGUCGGACGAGGGCAAGAUGUACGGUCGCAACGAAUUGAUUGCACGCUACAUCAAGCUGAGGACGGGGAAAACUCGUACAAGGAAACAGGUGUCUAGUCACAUACAGGUGUUAGCACGGAAGAAAGUGCGCGAAUACCAGGCGGGUAUCAAGGUUUCUAGCCACUUGCAGGUUCUCGCCCGGAGAAAAUCUCGCGAGAUCCAGUCAAAGCUAAAGGCGAUGAAUUUGGAUCAGGCGUCCAAAGAUAAAGCCCUGCAGAACAUGGCGGCGCUAUCGUCAGCACAGAUCGUCUCACCGAGCAUGAUCAAGAGUCAUAUUCCACCAAUGCCCCCCGCCGCCUACCAGCCAGGCAGAUUCUGGCACGCGCAGAUUCCGGGACAACCUGGACCCUCUCAGGAGCUGGUUCUAGAUCUCAACCCGGGAAGGACUCCUGGGCUCGGUCGUACCAGCCAAGUUAUCAAACCUUUUGCACAGCCCCCCUACCCGAGCCUAUCAGGUCCGGUAACGCAGUCCAUACCAAGUUACGAGCCCUUGGCUCCGCCCCCCGCGCCCACAGCCACAGCGGUGCCAGUGUGGCAGGAUCGGACCAUCGCCUCCUCCAAGCUGCGCAUGUUGGAGUACUCGGCCUUUAUGGAGGUUCAGAGGGACCCAGACACAUACAGCAAACACCUGUUUGUCCACAUAGGACAAACCAAUCCGUCGUAUAGCGACCCCCUCCUGGAGGCUGUGGACAUCCGGCAGAUCUACGACAAGUUCCCCGAAAAGAAGGGUGGUCUCAAAGAGCUUUACGAGAAAGGCCCUCAAAACGCGUUUUUUCUGGUGAAAUUUUGGGCCGACUUGAACAGCAGCGGGAUGCAGGACGGCCCCGGUUCUUUCUAUGGUGUCACCAGUCAGUACAGUAGCGCCGAGAACAUGACCAUCACUGUUUCGACCAAAGUCUGCUCCUUUGGGAAGCAGGUGGUGGAAAAAGUUGAGACCGAGUAUGCCCGACUGGAGGGUGGCAAGUGCGUUUACAGGAUUCACCGCUCGCCCAUGUGCGAGUACAUGAUCAACUUUAUCCACAAGCUCAAACAUUUGCCCGAAAAGUACAUGAUGAACAGUGUUCUUGAAAACUUCACCAUCCUGCAGGUCGUAACGAACCGCGACACCCAGGAGACGUUGCUGUGCAUCGCGUUUGUGUUUGAGGUGUCCACGAGCGAACACGGUGCCCAGUAUCAUGUCUACAGACUUGUGAAGGACUAAACAAAAACAAAAGUGAAAACACGCCGUCCCCCUCUCUUCAGUCAGCAAAACCAGAAAAUGACGCUAGUGAACUAACUCACGCAGGCACACAUUAGGAAGACAAAAACAAUCAUCACGUGCAUUUUUCAGACCGGUAGCUUUCCAUGAAGUGGAGGUACGCCAAGGCGCUUGAGGGAACGAGAAGGUUUUGAAUGAGUAGAUCAUUUGGAGCAAAAGAAUUGGACCACUGAUGAAGAGGAAGUGGACGUUGUAUUGCGGUAGAUUGUGUUAGGAAAGUAAAGUGCCUUUUUUUCUCCAAAGAAAUUGCCUGUCACUUUGAAUUGCCUUUUGUACUACCUCUCUUUUUUUUUUUUCUCAAAUGAUUGAGCAUCAUAAUCAAUUGGGGAAAAAAAGCCCUUCAGCCUUUAAACAUCAACAUUUAUCACAUUUUGCCUUAUUCUGGUACUACCUGUGUGUUUUUAAAUCUCGUCUUAAAUGGUCUACACGUCAGGAUUGCCAAGAAUGAUUAAUUAUCAAAUUAAUCAACAACAAUUUUGAUCAUUGGUUAAUUGUAUACAGACAUUAUUUUACCAAGAAAAAAAAGACCAAAUCCUCUGUUUGAGCCUCCCAAAAGCAAAUUUUCUCUGAUUUCUGUAGUCUUUUAUAAAAGCAGACUGAUUAUCUUUGAAAAUAAUCAAAAAAAGAUGGAUCCAAAUAUUUGUUUUUGCUUUUAGAAAACAAUAAUUACUUAAACUAGUCCAGUUUAGUUAAAAUCUUGAGUUCAAAGUACUUAACUUUUUUUUCUUUUAAGUUGAAAUUUCAAGUUCUGGUACUUAAAAAAAUACUGUUUAAUAGCCCAUUUUUUAAAAAUAAAAACCCAUCAUAUGUUAUUACUGCUCUUAUAGGGUUUGGUAAAUUUUGGUGAAAACCUUUGUCUGAAUAUUCCCUAUACACCCCAAAACUCAGGGUCGUCUUUAAGAGACAUCUGACAAUCAGAAAUGAUCAUUUCUCGAUACGUGUGUUACCCGUAUUACAAUGAGUUUUGGACACGAGAGGCCUAUUAUACAAUGGAGUAUUACAGCUAAACAAACAAAGAUUGGGAAAGAAGAAGAAAUGGGACUAUUAGAAUACAGUCAUUCGAUUGCAAGAUUAAAGUCAUAAUAUUACGAGAAUAAUUUCAAACGUAAUACUACGAAAAUGAAGUCAAUGCAAAAGUACGUAACCUAAAGAUACGUAAUAUAACGACUUUUUCUGGUUAUAUUAUUUAAAAUUACCUAGCAUUAUGAUAUAUUUCUCGUAACUUUAUUGGUAGAAAGUAGUAGUAUUAAGACUUUGAUCCCGAUUUUCUUUCUCAUUAUAUAAUGACUUUUCUCGUAAUAUUACAAACUUCGUAAUUACUUUUUUCUCGUAAUAUUAUGACAUUUUUUGUUAUAUUGUGACUUUUUUCUCACAGUAUUACAACGUACGAAUUUAUUGUUGUAAUCUUUCACUCUAAUCGCGUAAUAUUUUUCCUUUAUUCUCAUAGUCCCAUUUUUUUUCCUUGUUUCACCCUAAAACUCCAUCGUAUUUUUACUGUUAAUAUCACUCGUCUUUUUUAAAAGAAAAAGCCAGCACUCACCCACCUCACCCCCUUGUUACAUUGCUUUUUCAGAAGUGGGGCGGUAGAAACACAGUGAUAGCAGUGUUUUCUUUUUUCUGCCUUGACGUGUAUGUAGCCAUAAAUGAAAAGAACAUUUUUUCUGUACUGUGAGUCAAGUGGAUCUUAAACAAAUAUGUGUUACAUAGGAGUAUUUUUAUUCAGAGGAGGGGAAGGGAGGUUUAUUAGAGAUCAAGUAAGCCAGCACAGAGAGGAGUGGGCCAAUUGACAUCACAGUUUCUUUUGUUUAAGAAAGAAAUUGCAUGCUGUGAGAAGCUUCAGUUGUUCAUAUUUAAGACAUGCAAUCGACAUACCUGACCUGUUGUCUCUGUGCUGCGUGGGAUGUGGCCAUUGAUUGUUAUUUAUAGGGUUGGAAAGCAGAUACUAAUAAUAAGGGCCAUGUGGGGUUCUACUUGUGGAUCAUUUUUCCAUUGAUUUGGAGAUGGUUAAACAAAAAGCGUGUGUAUGUGUGUGUGAUUUGCUGGAUUUUUUUUUUUUUUUAAUAAAAAUGGACCCAUUUUGACUAAAGUGGCCACCUGAAUUGAAUGUCGUAUUUUGCAACACACACAAAAUAAUAACGCUCCUAGCUCAGUUUAUCUUUUAUAUUGUUUUCUUGCCAUUACCAACAUUUGUCCUUGUUUUGAUUGUCGUCCUUUUGACUGUGAGUGUUUUGCCUCACUGAAAAUAAUGUGUGAUGUUGAUAAUAAGAUAUCUAAUGUAUCAUAUUCUGAAUGGUGUGGGAAGGUGUUUAUUGUUUUUGGUUUAAGGUGGUUUGCUAUUGUUUUUUUGUUUUUUUUGCCACAAUUGUGAAUUGCAAUUUUAUACUUCCAAAUAGAGGUUGGACUAUGUAAUCAAACCAAUGUACCUAACAAUAAAAGACACAUGUUGCCUUUGGGGGCCAUUUUCCCCAUGA